UUUCUUUGAAACUCGUUUGCAAAUGAAAUUAAUGCAAACGAUAUUUUUCUACACAAUUUAUUGUCGAUUAUUAUAGAAAUUGGAAAAUUUGGGAUGCCGAGAAGGUCUGAAUCAUUUUCUCCCUUCACGAUUUUUGAGAUUUCAUUGAGCAUGAUUUGUAGAAAAGUUAGAAAGGCGUAUCAUUUCAUGCGAUUAGUUGGAAAAAAUGAUUGCGACUGAAUCAUAAAAAUGCCCUGAAGGCCGACGGGAACGUUCGUAAAGUAGAGACAACCUAUAGAACCCUUGAUGCGUGCGUUAUUGCCUUUUGCUUUCUAAGAAACACGUUUGUUUUUUGGCUGGGCUGCUUUGAAAUGUUUGCAUUGUUUCUUUUAUGUCAAAAAAAGAAAAAAACAAAAACUCGUCGUAUCGCGAUACUGUCUCCGGGGCACAGAUCCGGCUGGGAAGAGUGUACAAAGCUUGCAAUCAUUUCUACUCACGGAUUUCAGCGAAAUACUCUACCAACUCUGAAUUUUUACAAAAAAGUUUCCAAGAAAAUACUUUUUGGAUUACAUUUUUCUGAUAUUGUACUCUUCAAGUUGGAUUCCGUAAGUACUAGUUAUAUACAUUUAGUGCUAAUGAGUGCUGGUGAGUUUUUGACAAUUGACGGUUUUAGCUGUCAUGUCCGAAUUCCCUUUUUGACAGCUGUCAAAAACCUAAAAUUUUUGUAUAUUCGUAAGGAUAAUUAUUUGCGAUUAAAAAUAUGAUGUAUUUAUGUAUAAAUAUAAAUAUUAAAUUGCAGGUGAAAAAUCAAUUAUGUUCUUGAAUUAUUUUGACAUUAAAUUCUCUUUUGGUUUUGACUAAUUACUGUCAAAAACUGAAAUUUUUUUUGUAGAAAAUAUUAAAUAAUUUUGAAUGAAAAUGUGUAAAAAUGCAAUUUAGCCUAUCCAUCAACUUGUUUAAAUAUUGAAAAUAAUAAUACAAAAACAAUCAUCAUUUAAAAAAACGCACAACAAGCAUGAUUAGCUAUCACUGUAAAAUCACUUAUUCAUUUAUGUAAAACCAAUUUUCAUUUACUCCCAUUUUAACCCUCCCCUCCUUCCUUAAAUCAGACAAUUCCUCCUCCCCCCGAAAAAAAAGAAGAAAUUAUAUAAAAAAAAAACGUGAAUAAGACCGAAAUUCGAAACUAUUCCUUUGUUUGAUUUUGA